UACGGGCAGGUUCAAGUCAUGUUCGUAUGUAUUCAAUGCCUGCUCUGUACCGGUGUUUUCAGAUGUACCUACUGCACACACGUAAUUUCUGAAAUAAUCGCAAAUAAUACCAGCUAUCAAUUCCGGCAUAGCCAUGGCAGCUAACACUACUACCAACCCGUUGCAGCUGCUGCCGUCAGAGCUGGUGGACAAAGGUAUAGGAUCAAGAAUUCACAUUGUGAUGAAAAGUGAUAAGGAAAUUGUUGGUACACUUCUAGGAUUUGAUGGUUUUGUCAGUAUGGUACUGGAAGAUGUUACAGAAUUUGAAAUCACACCAGAAGGAAGAAGGAUUACUAACUUAGAUCAGAUUUUGCUAAAUGGAAAUAAUAUAACCAUGCCGGUUCCUGGAGGAGAAGGACCUGAAGUAUGAAUGGAUAUCCUAGACUUAUGCUAGAUUCUGUUUUGUCUUACAGUGGCAACAAAAUAUACAUUUUUUUUUAACCUUUUAAUGUUAGGUCCUGUAAAGCUGUUUCCCAUUAAACGGAAAUGCUUUGAAGAUAU